ACUCCUCAUGUAAUCGUGCUAUUUUUCUUUCAUUUCCUCCCCCCUCGACUUCCUUUCUUUGCUCCUCCUUUCAUUCUCUUUGAAGUUCCAAAAAGGUUACUCCAGGAGCAGGGCCCCAGACCACCAGAGUACAACCCACCACCCAGCGCCCAUGACCCAAACAUAGUAGGAGACGGCCCUCCGGAGGGGAGCUCGGGCAAAAGCCUAGACACGAUUCCAGAUAAGAAAAAGGUUAGAGAGACAAACCCCAACGAGGAGAAACCUCCGGAACCAGCAACAGAAAGUCCUCCAAAACCACCAGAUAUGAAUCCCAUUAGGAACUCCACCUCUAGCGGCAACAUGUCCCUCAUCAGCAACGUGCUGGCAGCCUACACCUACAUUUCAGACCACCCAGAGAGGGCCGCGCUAUUCUUCGUCUGCGGCGUGUGUUUGGGCCUCUUCCUCACUCUCUUCGCCCUGGUGGUCCAGAUCUCCUGUCGCACGGACUGCCGGCCCGGCCAGCGGCCUCCCGCCAAGAAACGAGCGCGCCCCGCCGACUCGUCCUCCGACUCCAGCGACUCGGACUCGGACUGGGACACCACCUCGGACCUGUCGGCGCGCAGACACAGACGCUUCGAGCGCACGCUCAACAUGAACGUGUUCACGUCGGCCGAGGAGCUAGAGAGGGCUCAGCGACUCGAGGAGAGAGAGCGAAUCAUCCGUGAGAUCUGGAUGAAUGGGCAGCCGGACAUCCCGGGGACGCGGAGCCUCAACCGGUAUUACUGA